AUGAAACGGGACGCACCUACAAUUAAUAGUCAAGUGACCGAGUUGUUGAACACAAAUGACAGAGAAGAGAAAAAAGGAAAUGAAGGAAGUAGUGCGAAAAAAAGAGACAUCGCUGCAGUUGACGGGGUGUCGUCUGAAACGGCGCCAAAGCGCUCAAAAAGGGUCGUAUCGAAAAUUAUUAAUAAAUCUCUGCAGCAUCGCCGUGUGCGGAAAAUCGCGAAUUCUAGAAUUAGGGUGCCUAACUAUAGCCCUUUGAAGCAUUAUACGUCUAAAUUGUCGACUAUUCCUGAGGAAUAA